GAGAAGCCCACUGCAGACGAUCGUUAACGUUACAGGAAAGAGGAUACGUAAAAGCAUGAAUGAUAUUCAGAUCAAAAGAAAAUACUGAUGAUGCAUUCGAUUUAAUGAAUCAAAAGAUCGUAGUGGGUACAUGUCUGUAUCCUUUUAUUUUGUCGGUGGGUAGCUGUACUAGCAUUCGUUGGAUGAGAACAUUGUGUACGGACCUUCAGCCGCUUAGCAGGCCAUAUCGCCAUUGCUUGUUAAAGCUGCUGCCAUCUACAUCUAAAAGAAUUGAGUUCUUAAGUUUCUUAAGCUGUCAUAAUGAAGAAGAAAGCUCGGCACCACAAGGCCCCAGCACCCCCGCGGCCUUCCUCUCCAAUCAAACCAUCACCCAACAGAGAAACCCUGACUUAUGCACAAGCACAGCGCAUGGUUGAACUAGAAAUUGAUGGCCGGGUGCAUCGCAUCAGUAUAUAUGACAAGUUGGACAUAAUCACUGAUGACGAUCCAACUGCUCAAGAGAUCUUGGAGUGCACCAGCAACAAGGAAAACAAUGAGAAGCCACAGCAAGUUCUCCUACGGUCUGUUAGGCUAAAAAAUAGCCAGCAGAAGAAAAAUGCUGCUCUGACCAAUGCACAUGGUGGACACAUGCCUGGCAGCACUCUUCCUGAACCCAGAAUUCGCAACGUUGAGUACAACCUGCCAGCAGUGCCACGCAGACCCCCAGCAUACUACAAGUAUGUCGAGAAGACUGCAGAGGAGCUCGAUGAAGAAGUGGAAUAUGACAUGGACGAGGAGGACUAUGCGUGGCUUGAGCUAGUUAACGAGAAGAGAAGGAGCGAGGGGUACAGCCAGGUCUCUCAGAAUGUGUUCGAGUUCUUGGUGGACCGCUUUGAGAAAGAGUCAUUCUUUGAGAACCAAAGUCAAGGGGAUCCUCAGUCCCUCAUUGAUGAAGAUGCUGUAUGCUGCAUCUGCAUGGAUGGGGAGUGUCAGAACAGCAACGCCAUCCUUUUUUGUGACAUGUGCAACCUGGCAGUGCACCAGGAGUGUUAUGGUGUGCCCUAUAUUCCUGAGGGCCAGUGGCUGUGUCGCCACUGCCUUCAGUCUCCCCAUCAGCCUGCAGACUGCAUUCUCUGUCCCAAUAAAGGUGGGGCUGUUAAGAAGACAGAUGAUGACCGUUGGGGACACGUGGUUUGUGCCCUUUGGGUGCCUGAGGUGGGCUUCUCCAACACAGUCUUUAUUGAGCCCAUAGAUGGCGUUGCAAACAUUCCACCAGCCCGCUGGAAACUCACUUGUUAUCUCUGCAAGGAGAAAGGUGUUGGUGCUUGUAUCCAGUGCCACAAAGCUAACUGUUACACUGCAUUCCAUGUAAGCUGCGCACAGAAGGCUGGCCUGUUCAUGAAGAUGGAACCCAUCAAAGAAAUGACAGACGCUGGAACCCCCACCUUCUCUGUGAAGAAGACAGCCUACUGUGAUGCCCACACCCCCAAAGGUUGUGUCCGGAGACCUCUUACUAUCUAUGAUGAUGCCAAAACCAAAAAUGGACUUUGUCAGACAACAGAAAAAAAGUGCAAAAGAACAAGAUUAAAAGGGAAGUCCAAAAAAAAGAAGUGCAAGAAGACUGAGCCAGUGACUGCUGUUCCGAGUGUUUCUGUGCCUAGCUUUCCUCCCCAAAGGUUAAACACAAUCCUCAAUCAGGUUUCUCUUCAGAAGAAGAGGGUAUUUGUCGAGCUGGUCUUGAAUUACUGGACUCUGAAAAGGCAAUCUAGGAAUGGAGUACCUCUAAUAAGACGACUUCAGUCUUGCUUACAGGCACCAAAAACUGUACCACCGAAACACAGUGAGGAGGAGAGCCGGGCCUUAAAAGAUCAGCUCAAGGAGUGGCAUCGGUUGCGGCAUGACCUGGAACGUGCCAGACUACUUUUGGAGCUGAUCCGCAAAAGAGAGAAGCUGAAAAGAGAAGAGAUGAAGAUGCAGCAGAAGGUGUUGGAGGUGCAGCUCAGUCCAUUCAGCAUCCUGCUACGCGCAGUGCUGGAUCAACUCCAGGAGAAAGACCAGGCCAAGGUCUUUGCACAGCCUGUUAGCCUUACUGAAGUUCCUGACUACCUUGAUCAUAUUGAACGCCCCAUGGACUUUUCCACUAUGAGAAAACACAUUGAUGCCCACGUCUACCGCAACUUGGACGAGUUUGAAGCAGACUUCAACCUGAUAAUUGCAAACUGCAUGAAGUACAACGCCAAGGACACGUUCUUCCACCGAGCAGCAGUGCGCCUCCGAGACCACGGUGGAGCACUGCUCAGAAAGACCAGAAGGGAUGUGGUGCGCAUCGGCUUUGAGAUCGACAGUGGCCUUCACCUGCCUGAGCAGCCCAAAGUGGAGCCGUCAUCACCUUUCACGUGGGACGAGGUUGACCGGCUGUUGGUCCCAGCCAACCGCGCGCACAUGUCCCUAGAGGAGCAGCUGCGGGAGCUGCUGGAGAAGCUGGACCUGACCACCGCCAUGAAGUCCAGCCCGUCGCGCAGCAAGCGCCUCAAGCUGCUGAAGAAGACCAUCAAUGACAUCAGGAACGAGAUGAGUCUGAGGAAGACGCUGCCAGCGCCCGCCGAGAAGAAACCCGCCGUCGAGACGGCGUCAUCAGAAGAAGGAGAUAAGUCUCUUCCCCCGAAACUUGAACCCUCAGACGCCUUGCCUUUGCUUACCAACUCGGAGAGCAACUCUGAACCGCCUACCCUGAAACCCAUCGACUCCAGCCCUGACAAGUGCCCCAAGCGGGUCAAGUUUGACCGUGAUAAGGGCAACACCUCAGUGCCCAAGGAGACGCUCAAUGGACACUCGCAAGACCACCUGCUUCUCUCCGACAACGACGUCAGUGUGGUGGCCACCUCGACUCUGGCCGAGCCCUCUGCCCCGGUCAACAGGCGCACGGCGGUGCUCUUUCGCAAGUCCAAGAGCGUGAGCCCUCAGAAGCCUGCCCGAGGCAUGGAGGCCCCCGCUGCCUGUCCACAGCUCGGCACCAAGACCUUCCUGUCUGUGGUCAUCCCCCGCCUGGAGACGCUCCUGCAGCCCAGGAAACGAGCCCGCAGCCCCAGCAGGGACAGUGAGGGUGAGGACGAGUCCCCUGUCAAACGCUUAGACACAGGUCUGUCGAACGGCUUUUCCAUGGAGCAGGAGAAGGAGCUCAGUCCCAGCAGGCAGUUGGAGCCUCGCCGCCGCUGUGCGUCCGAGUCCAGCAUGUCGUCCAGCAGCAGUGUGCAGGGAAGCUCCAGCUCCAUCCUUAGUCUUCCAAAAUGUGGGAAGGGCAAACCAGCACUCGUGCGGAGGAAUACUGUGGAUGACAAAAAUGAAUUAAUCGCUUGCAUUGAGACUGGGAACUUUGCCAAAGCUGCAAGGAUUGCUGCUGAAGUUGGCAACAGCAAUAUUUGGAUGCCCGCUAGUGCUGCAACAGUUGUUCUGGAACCUCUAAAACUAGUUUGGGCAAAAUGUAGCGGAUAUCCUUCCUACCCUGCCUUGAUAAUAGACCCUCACAUGCCACGCGUGGGCUGCCAGCACAACGGCGUGUCCAUUCCAAUGCCCCCAAUGGACGUGCUAAGGGUCGGAGAGCAGAUGCAGUACAAGGCCGAAGAGAAACUCUUCCUCGUCCUCUUCUUCGACAACAAACGCAGCUGGCAAUGGCUUCCUAGAUCCAAGAUGGUUCCGCUGGGUAUGGACAAGACCAUCGACAAGAUCAAAAUGAUGGAAGGUCGUACGUCUGCGGUCCGGAAAGCCGUGCAGGUUGCGUUCAGCCGGGCCAUGAACCACUUGAGCAGGGUGCAGGACGAGCCUGUCAGUGACCUCAGUGACGUUGACUAGCACACAUUGACAUCGGUACUGACUGCAGAAGGACCUUUUCCUGCGUCUAGGUCAUGCUGGUGUUUACACGACGGUUCUCAGAUGGCCUGCUAUGGGCCAUGGAUGGCCUUCUCUCCCUUCGUCCCUCUAACCUCACUGUGGUCGCGUGCCCCUGGCCUCGCCGUUCUUCCAGUUGCUGCUUACUGAAUGUGUCAGUUCCUCCAUCUCCAUAACUGUGCUGUGAGGCUGCUACAAUCUUCACUGCCAAGGCCAUCAUUGUUUUGUCCACUCAUUCACUUCAUCUCCACUUGUGGUGAGAAGAAAAGAAAAAAUCAUAUUUAACAGACUCUGUAAAUAACUGUACAACAGUUGGACACUAACUUAUUGUGUAGAAAAAGAAUUGGUACUGUACAUGACUAUUUGUAGUAUUUAUACUUUUGGUGAAUUAUGACUUCUGUUCCACGGUGCACUCCUAGCCGUUGCUGUGAAUGUCAAGCCCAAGCUGAGAAACAGUGCUGAGAUUAUGGCUUGAACAUGUUUGGAAAGUAUUUUUUUCCCUUUGUCUUUACUUUUAAUAUCUUAUAUUGGUUUUAAGUUAUUGAAGUUUAUACACAUAAGCUUCCCUUUGGCAUUAAUGUUUUUGUAAUGCAGAAUGUUUUUACAAGUUUUAGUAUAUUUUGUUCGUACAUAUUUAUAUAACUAAAUAUAUAUCUGUAUUCUUUGGACGCUCACUUCGGAAAGUCUUUGGUUGUUAGAGAAAUGAAAAGUGCAUUGAAACCAAAAGAAAAAAUGGUCAAAAAAGAAGAAAUCUUGCUGCCCAGAUUCCUUUUUUCCAUGCUUUUUUUUCAUAAAGAAUUUGUGUGGUGUGAGUGACAUUGCUUAUUUGUAUACGGUCUUUUUAAAUAAUGCGUUGAUUUAGUUGUAUUAUGGGACCUUCAAAAUAGAUGUUGGAAGACGUGCCUGUGUUAUUUAUUGUCAAGUAAAGUAUUUGCAUUACUUUAUAUGAAAAAGAAAGUGUCAGAAUUUGAUAGGGAAUAAGGCACAUUUUGGGUGGACAUUUUCAGUUGCCUUUUUUUUAUUAACAGUAUCUGGUAAAUUUGACGGUUUGGCUGUAGACUUUUCAUUUCAUUCAAUUAGUUGUGUUCUGGGUAGCAGUGGGUAGUCUUUUUUUUUUACAUCAUGUCUUUAGACUUUUUUUUAUAUUUGAAUGAGUGCUGGGAUUUUUUUGUCUUUUUUAUAGAUUCACUGAAAAUAAAAGACGGGGAUAUAAACCUGA